AUUUUUUUAUUUGAUUUAAAAUUUUCCACCCACUAGUAAAAUACUUUAAUUUCAAAAGUCUAUAUAUAUAACUCAAGCAUCGACCACUCACUCUCAUACUCAUCAAAAACCCUUAAUAUCUCAACAUUGCUACAUCCAUAAAUACAUAUAUAUACUCGAUCUCCCACCUCCCAAAGAGAACAGCUCUAUAAUAUAUAAUAUUUGACCAAAACCAAAAGUUACUAUAUCUAUAUAAAAAAAUAAUAUAAAAUAAAAGGUAAACGACAGUGAAAAUGGCUAGUACGACGUCGUUGUACGAUGUUCUUGGGCUUUCAAUUGGUGCAAACGGACAAGAGAUUAAAGCAGCCUAUAGGAAACUAGCAAGAAUGUGUCAUCCUGAUGUGGUAGCUUUCGAACAGAAAGAAAUCUCAGCCAACGAGUUCAUUAAAAUCCACGCAGCUUAUUCCACCUUGUCUGAUCCUCAUAAAAGAGCUAACUAUGAUAAAGAUCUUUCCAACAGAUCAAGGCGAUCCUUUGUCUAUUCAGCCUCGUCUGGUGCCGCCGCUUCAGCCAUGGCAUCAUCGGGAUUUUCUUGUAGAAGUUGGGAGACUGAUCAGUGUUGGUAGAAAAAUAAAUAUGAAAAAUUAGUUAUUAAUUUAAGUAGCCUUAUCUUAUUAGUUAUGGAUGUUGGAGUAAUGACUAGUAUCUGGUUUUUGUUUUAUGAGUAACUAGCAAACAAAUCUCCACUUUGCAAAAGAAAAAAAAAUCCACUCUUGUUCAUUUAAGAUAAUAUAUAAAAAUAUUUAAAUUUUAUUUUUAA